CUCACGCAGCACGCAGGGGCCGGGGCGCAUGCGCCCUGGAGUUCUCUCGCUCAAGGCGGUGGCGGCGGGGACGGCCCGAGGAGCCGGAGAGGGGGCGCGGGAUUUCCUAGUGCUUUUCAUCUCUUUUAAACCUCAAACAUGGACACUGAACCUGAAGUAAAGAAAGAGAAGAAGCAGCAUCAGCAUCCUUUCUACUGCAAUAUUUGCAAAAUCUCGUGUGCUUCUGCAUUAAAUUUGCAGACUCAUUUCCUUGGAUUCAAACACAAGACGGUUGAAGAAGCUCUAAAAGCCCAUGGUAUUGUUAAAACUGUGAGUGGUAUAGGAGACCAAGCGAAAGCACCUAUAAAACUUCCUGAUUAUGUUCAGACUGAGCCAGAGAAGUUUCAAGGACAAACCUUGGAAGAACAGCUUAAUACGUGUAAAGAUUCAGAACCUGCACUUGGACUUGAAUAUAUAAUUGAAUACCGAUCAAAAGAGAAUCUCCUUGUUCUCUACGAGUGUCAGCUGUGCCACUGUCAAACCGGAUUGAGUAACAUGUUCAUGCAUGUUUAUGGCUCUAAACAUAGACUGGCAUAUCUGACACAACAUUAUCCUGAGAUAGUGGAAUCUGAUGAAAUUAGAGGUCGAGGUUCAGAACUGAACAGAAGGCUUAAACAAGUUGCUGCAGUUAUUGAAAAGAAGGAGGGAAGAAAACAAAUAAAGGUUGUAACGGAUCCUCCUGUUAUGAAGAGAAAAUGGCAAGAAUAUGGCUACCAUUCAAAAGCUAAGGUUCAGCGUGUGUAUGCGUCAACUAGCAAUGAAGGAAAAGCAGAAGGUGAUGCUGAUAAGGAUAAACAGAUCACAGAUUCUACUCAAAGUAUACCUUCUCAAGAUGGAAAGGAUACUCAAGAUGAACAGGAAAAAAGCCAAAAACAACAACCGAAACCAGCUGAAAAGCUAAAUGCUAACAAUGCUGAUGAAAGCAACAAAGCUGAUGAAAACAGCAAAGGCAACAAGACUGAGUGUGAUGACGGCAAACAAUCAAAAGGUGAAGACAAGGAAAUCCAGGAUAAAGAGAAAGAUGAUGCUGAAAUAAAAUCUGAAGAAUUCACUAGCCAUGAAGAACUACUAGGAUAUUUGCAAAGCUUUGAGAUACUGAGUGAAGAUGAUGCAUCCUUUAUCCUAAAGGUUACACAAACUCUUACGAAUGCAUUGGUGGAAUAUCGGCAACAGGGUGCACCAACAAAUGACUCUUUAGAUUCUGAACCAAAUCAAGAAAAAAGAAUUGAACAUUCCACAGAACAAUCUGAUGCGACUUCGGUGGAUAUUAGUGACUGUAACACCGGGUUUUCAGCAAAUUAUAUGUCAGACAGGAGGAAGCAUCCUGCCCAACAACCAUAUGACAGCACAGCAGCAAAGUCUAAUGUUAGUGGAACAUUCAUGAAAAAGGAUUCACAAUCAGUGAACUUUUCAAAAAGCAAUGCUACAAAUUGGAAACGUGGAACUUUUCAAUCCACGUUUAGAGUAUUAAGUAAUGAAGAGUCCUUAGAGUCUGCUUCUGCUACUGAAGAGCAAUAUCCCUCCUCUUCUCAAAACAUGUCUAAUAAAAAGUUUUUAUCUGCUAUUGAGAGAGAUGCACCCCAAAACUCUUUAUCUGACUCUUUGAGAACAUCAUAUGAAAACGAUGUCACUACUGAAUUUUUCAAUAGUGUAAGAAAUAUGGAUGCUGCCGAGGUUACGGCUACUCUACAGAAAAUAGCAGCCACAAAUCCAGCCUUCAGAGGUAUUGACAUUCCAAAUGUGAUAAGGAUCUUGACUGAAAGUGGGACUCUUAGAGCACCAAACAGCAACAGUGUGCAGUGAUAUGGGAAAACAACAAGUGAUAUUAAUAUUGUAAUGUGUAAACUGAAAAUUUGUCACUUGUAUGCAAUUAAUUUCAGUGUGUUCAAACUCUGUACAGUGUUACUUGUUAUAUCUCCAGAGUAAUAGUUUGAUUUUUCAGAUUUGUGUGUUAUAUUUAUUUCUCCCAAUUGCUGGAAUGUCUGCAUUUGUGGAAAGAGACUGUAAUGUUGAUAAAAAAAAAUAUUUUUUUGUUGUUAAAGAUAAUCACUUUUGAAAAUUACCCCUAAAAAUGGUUUAGCUAUAUCUUGGCUAGGAAGCUUUUACAUAGUGGAAGGCUGAUCUCCCCCCCACCCCCCAAUUCUUCAUAAAAAUAACUAAAGAAAGGAAUUGCACGGGUAGAGUAGAAUAUACAAGCUUGAACCUUCUAGGUCAUUAGUUCAAAUUUGACUCAAGAUUAUCUAUACCCAAAAGAUACUUCCUUUUGCAGCUGUUCAUUGGCCACUGGAUCUGAUCCAAAGUCCCCUUUUAGUCAAAACAGAGACUCCCAUUGACUUAUGUGGGUUUUGGAUCAGGCCCCAUCAUGUAUGAGUUAAGAUUAUAGUGUCAAUCUGGUUCCUGGUUGAGGUGUCCAAAUUGCAUGAAACCCAUCAGUGUUGGAAACUUAAUUGGAAGACUCAGCAAACAGGGCAGAGAUUGACGUGGGUCUCCAAGUGAUCUAGUCAGAUCAUGGUUGAGAUACAAUGCAGUGAUUUUUAUUUGCUCAGUGAGAAACGUAUCCCAAUGGUUAUCGUUGCCUGCUGUGUCCUGCAUAAUAUCUGUGAAGCAAAGAGGGAGGAUAGUUGCUGCUGGAAUGGAGGGUGGAGAUGGAGCAGCUGUCUACCGAGUUUGAAGUGCCGUUAGAAGAGCUCUACACAGAUCCAUACAGCUCAGGGAGGCUUUGAAAAGAGCACUUGAACAGCGAGCCACAGUAAUGUGUUGUGGUGUACUGAGCUCCAGCUGGCUCUGCAGUUUGGGGGCUUGUUAGGAAUUUUGUGGUGCUUGCUGUACAUUUAUGAUUAUUACACUGUUUGCCACUGAUCCUAUGAGUUGUGUCACAGUAGUUGUUAUUGUAUAAGUGCUUUCACUAGCGCUAGGCAUUCUGCAGCACAGGUUGGGAACUAAUAAAAAUUAAUUAUUUUCCAAACAAAAGAAUUUAAUUGACUAACGAAAACACUUCAAAAAAUUUGUGUACAAGCUAAAAGCAAAUCCAUACAUUUAAGCUUUGAAUAUUAACAGAGCUUAAAGAAGAGGAAGGAACAUUCAUGUCUAUUUUAGCUACACAUACAUCAACCAUGGCUUUCAUAGGUUUGUGUAUGAGAAGCUGUGAUUGUCCUUAAUGUCCCCAAAGGUGGAGGGAUAGGGUUAGGGAUGUGGACCCUGAUGCCAAGUGGAGUGUUGUCUUGGAAAGUGAAGGGAGGUGCUAUACUGGAAUUCUCCAUGGACUCCAAAGGGGCAAGCUGGGAUUGUUGAACAUGUAGAUCUACAAAAGUCUGCAGCGUCUGUUUUUGCUGCCAGAGAAGCCCCAUUAUGUCCGGGCUCAUCUCCCUCUCCUAUUCCUACUGAGACUCCUGGGCCUUGCUCCUAUCCUCUCUUUCCUUCUCCAUACAAUCUGCAAUAGUCAUCCUCCAGGCCCUCAGUUCAAGGUCUGAUGCAACACUGGCUUACAACAUCUUGAUCAACAUGUCAUUCUGAGUCCACAUCUUUCAAGCAUUCCCUGGCUGCAAUGGCAGCAGCUUCAGAUAAAACACACAGAAAGACCAUUAUUAAGGUUAAGAUUUUGUCAUGGUUAUUUUUGGUAAAAGUCACAUAGAGGUCGCAGGCAAUAAACAAAAAAUCACAGGAGCCGUGACCUGUCCAAAAGACAGGGGCAAGAGAGUUGUGGGGGAGGAAUGACAGCUAGAGCCCCAUGUGAGGGGACUGAGAGCCCGAACCCCACUGUGGGGAGUGGGGGAACACAGCCAGGUUUCUGCUGCAGCUGCGAGAGGGGCACACAGCCCUGGCUGCAGCUCUGGCCGCAGCCUUGUGGGGCACACAGCUCUGGCUGAAGCCAUAGGUUGGGGGCAGACAGCCCCGGCCAAAGCUGUGGUUUGGGGGUACACAGCCCUGGCUGAAGCUGCAGGGUGGGGGCACACAGACCUGGCUCCACCUGCAAGGGAGAUGCUCUUAGUUUUCACAGACAACAUUGUGGCAAUAUUUUACCUCAACAGGCAAGGUGGAGCCCAAUCUCCCCCACUCUUCUAAGAGGUGACUUGUCUUUCAGAAUUCUGUAGUGCCAGUUUGGUGGAUCUUGAAGCAUCUAACCUUCUGGGGAUGCAAAAUGGUUUUGCAGACCCCCAUGGCAGAUCAUUUACGAGCACAAAUAGUCACUUCACCUAGAUGUGACCAGACGUAUCUUCCAAUGGUGGAAAUAUCCCCAAGUAGACCUAUUUGCAACAAGAACCAGCAGAAAAUAUCAGCAAUUCUAUUCCCUGCAAGGUUGCAGCCAGUAUUCCCUGACAGAUGUGUUCUUGUUUCCUGUGUCAGAAAGGCUUCUCUGUGCUUUCCUGCCAAUCUCACUCAUUCCUGAAGUCUUGCUGAAGAUCAGACAGGACCAUGUCAGAGUCCUAUUCAUAGCUCCAGUGUGGGCCCACCAACACUGGUUCUCCACACUCGUGAAUCUGUCAAUGAAAUCUCCAAUUUUGUUCCCAGUGGUCUUGGACUUAAUUUCCCAAGGCCAUGAUUGGCUGCUUCACCUGAACCUCCAAGUGCUUCAUUUAACCACAUGGAUGCUCCAUGAUUAGAUGGUAGAGAGCAGUCUUGUUCAAAAGAGGUGUAGGAUGUCCUGCUAAAUUGUAGAAAGCCAUCCAUGAGAGCUACUUUCCUUUCUAAGUGGAGACAUUUUUCCAUCUGGUCAUGUCAUUCGGGGAUUUUACUGACCUACUUCUUGAUCCCACACAUACUAGAAUAUCUACUAUACCUGAAAGGUCAAGCGUUGGCCAUUUGUUUUGCCAGACUACACCUAGCAGCUGUUUCUGCAUUCCAGCCUAAGGUGGAUAAUCAGUCUGAGUUUUUUAGUGACAUAUCAAUAAGAUUUCUGAAAGGCCUAGACAAAUUAUAUCCUCAAGUGCACAAUCCAGUUCCCCAGUGGACCUCAACUUAGUGUUAUCAAGACCAAUGGCUCUGCCAUUUGAACCUUUGGCUACUUGCUUGCUGUUACAUUUAUCAAUUAAGGUGGUGUUGGUGGCCAUCACUUCUGCUAAAAGAGCAGGAGAGCUCUGUGUGCUAAUGUCUUGGCCUUCCUAUACAAUCUUCUUUAAGGACUGGGUCUACCUACACCUUCAUCUGAGGUUUGUCCCAAAGGUGGUGUCUGUGUUUCAUGGCAGCCAGCCAGUUUACUUACCUACUUUAUUCCUGAAACCAUAGGCAGGUCCAUCAGAUCCAUCUACAGCUCAGACAAUGGUGCCUGAUAACUUUGUCUGAAUAAGAGGAUGAGGAGUUAGCUCAUCAUUUUGAGCAGGGUCAAGUGGAUGGAGAAUUUGAACUUGAUUUCUUAUCUGAAGAACAUAUGAGAAUUGCUACUAUGUCAUCUGCUUCUGAGGAUGCUUUACAGUUCCAUAAAUUAGUGGAUCACGUGGCAUCUACUUUGAACUUACCUUCAGUUGCUGCAGAAGAGGCAUCAUAACCUGUGUUUAACAUUCAUGGUGCUCCUUCCAGGAAUAGCAUAUCUUUACUUAGGCUUAGGGCCCUACCAAAUUCACAGCCAUUAAAAAUGCGUCACGGACUGUGAAAUCUGGUCUCCCCCCCAUGAAAUCUGGUCUUUUGUGUUUUUACCCUAUACUAUACAGAUUUCAUGGGGGGAGACCAGAGUUUCUCAAAUUAGGUGGUCCUGACCCAAAAGGGAGUUGCAUUGUGUGUGUGUGUGUGAGAGAGAGAGAGAGAAGGUUAUUUUAGGACGGAGCUGGGGACCUGGAGAGCGGCAACUAUUGGCCAGGCUCCCAGCUCUGAAGGCAGCGCCCUGCCAGCUAUAGCAUAGAAGUAAGGGUUGCAAUACCAUACUAUGCCACCCUUACUUCGGUACUGCUGCCUUCAGAGCUGGGCAGCCAGAGAGUUGCACCUGCUGACUGAUGGCCCAGCUCUGCAGGCAACAGUGCCAAAGUAAGGGCGGCAAUACCAUACCAUCCUUCAGAGCUGGGCUGCCAGCCAGCAGCCACCACUCUCCAGUUGCACUGCUCUGAAGGCAGCGCAACCAUCAGCUGCAGCGCAGAAGUAAGGGUAGCAGUACUGCAGUCCCCUCCUCCAAUAAUCUUUCAACCCCCCUACAACUCCUUUUUGGGGCAGGACCCCUACAAUUACAACACCGUGAAAUUUUGGAUUUAAAUAGCUGAAAUCGUGAAAUUUACUGUUUUUAAAAUCCUAUGACCGUGAAAUUGACCAAAAUGGACCAUGAAUUUCAUAGAGCCCUAUGUAUGCUGAAUGUUUUUUUGUAACUUGCUAAAACUGUUAAGUUGACAAGAAGCUGGAGUAAUCCAAUUUCUAAGGAAGUAGACAAAUGUUAUCAUGUACCUUAUGAGGGGUUUUUGUAUUGUCAUACCCCAAGCCAAAUUCUCCAUUGGUUGCCGAAGCCAGUAAUAGGUUCAGGUCUGGUCAAGUCCAUUUGACUCCAGUGGACAGAGAAAGGAAGAAAUUGGAUGCUCUUCUCUUCCUCUAGUGAUUAGAGGGGCUAAUUACAAGCCAGUGAAGGCCCAUUACCAAUUCUAUCUGUGAGAGACAGUGGCUUUGUUGGUGCAAGAGCUACCAGAUGAUCAAAGGAGAUUGUCUAUGUGAUUUUUGAGUGAGGGUCAAAAUGUGGAAAGGCAUGCUCUCAGAACUUCUUUUGAUAUUUUUUGGCCAGAGAGUUGGCAAUUGCUGUUUUUUUGAGGAGUCUUACAUGACCAUGUUCAUCUUCACUGGUUGUGCAUAUUAGAUUUAAAAUGGAGGAUUGUCCCUUUUGAGGUUGAUGGACUUUUACUAAUAAAAUGGAUGAACUAUUAGAAAAGUAAGUUGAAAAAGAGAUCUAUAGCUCAUUCACUGGGUUUAUGCCUUACUGCUAGAAGGCGACAUCCUACUUCUUUUUCAUUACAAGAGGCGGUUCUAGCCUCAAUCUUCAGCAUAUUCUUCUUCUCCGAGACAUCAGCAACAUCAUCAGUGGACUAUGUCUUUGUCUCAGUCUCAACAUAAAAAGAAAUAAUUCAAAUUAUGUCAAAUAAUCUGCUCCUUCCUCUUUGUCUUUGUGGAAUACCUGGCCUCAGAUUUAGUGUGAGGAUCAAGAAUUGUGAACCAGUUGCUGAGGAUCCUUCCCUCCCUGUUUGGAGACAGGCUAGCCCAGUUUAUCAACAAUUGGGAGUUUUAUUAUAUUUGACAAGUGGGGCCUAGAAAUAAUAGGAAAAAGAUAUUCAAAACCAUUCAAAAAGCUACCUCCUUUCAAUUUUCCCUACCCGUUCCUUCUCAUAGAACCUUCUCUCAAGGUUAUUUUCCUGUCAGAAGUUCAAAAAUUGCUUCUGAUAGCUGCUGUAGAAGACGUACCUAAAAACCUGUGUGAUCAAGGGUUUUAUACAAGAUAUUUCCUGGGGCAGACAAAAGUUGGGGGAUUCUAUCCAAUUUUAGAUUUAAGAACAUUAAAAAAUUUAAUCCAGAAGUUCCAGUUUCUAAUGCUAAUCCCAACCUCCAUAAUAUCCUUCCUUUCAGUUACAGGUAGGUUCACAUCUCUCAAUUUAAAGGAUGUGUGUUUCCAUAUUUCUGGUCUACCCAAAGCACUGGUAAUGUCUCCAUUCUGUGGUAGCACAAAAGCAUUUUCAGUACAAGGUCCUGCCAUUUGCCCAUUUCCACAGUGCCCAAAGUCUUUACAAAGUGCUUUCUGUAGUAGCGGCGCAUCCCAGAAAACUGUGUAUCUUUGUUUACCCAUAUUUAGGUGAAUGGCUCCUGAAGUCUCCUUUAUGUGAAAAUCUGCUUGUUCACAUCGAGUUUACAACUUCUCUUCUCAUGGAUUGGGGACUGCUUCUAAAUAUCAGAAAGUCAAAUAGUGCAAACUAUUUUAGAGAUUUGUCACUGCUGAACCCAGAAAGUGAUUUUUGGAGAGGGGCUCUGAUGGGCCUUGUGGAAGCAACUAAUUGUUGUUCUGUUUUUAUGCCUCAAAAUGAGAUCAGUACAACACUGGCGGGCUUGGAUUUACAAACCAAAUCUGGACAGUCUUCACCAUGCCUUACAACAUUUUCAAUUAGUUGAUGCAGUGGACAGACAGAACCUUUAGUGGAGUCUGUUCAACCCCCCCUUUGCCAUCCAUCACAAUAACCUAUGAUGUUUUGAACAAUGGAUGAGGAGCUCAUCUGGACUCUUUCACAGUUCAAGCUCACUGGGCAUCUUAGGAAAGGAAUUUGCAUGUAAACAUUUUAGAACUAAGGGCCAUUUGCAUGGCUCUCAGACCUUUUCUUCCUCAUAUAAAGGGGAAAGUUGUUCAGGUAGUAACGGACAAUACAACAGUCCUAUAUUAUGUGAACAAACAGGGAGGAGCCCAUUCUUUUCUGCUGUGUGCUGAGACAGUCAAAUUUAUGGGACUGGUGCAUUCUUCAUGAUGUCUAUCCGGUGGCCCAGCAUUUGGCAGGGGAGAACAAUGAGUUGACAUCACAUCAGCAGAGACUGCAGAUGCACAAGUGAUCACUGAAGUACCAGUUGAUACAAGAGAUUUUCUCUAAUUGGGGUUGGCCUGAUGUGGACCUGUUUACAACCAGGUUCAACAAAAAGUGAAAUCUCUUCUGUUCAAGGGUAGGAAAGGACAAUUACUCUAUCUUGAGUGCUUUCCUGUUGCAUUGGGGAAAGGGCCUUCUGUAUGCUUUUCCCUCUCCAUUAACUGAAAAGGUGGUGAGGAUGAUGGGACAGGACAGGGGAAGGGUGAUCCUAAUUGCUCCAGCCUGGCUUGACACAGCAAUGGUACAUGGACAUGCUUCAGCUGUUGGAAGGUCUCUGCCAAUGUUUUCCUUUGUUUUCUUGAAUUAAGCAACACAUUCUGAACGAAGGAGGAACCAGAUUGGGGAGAAUGAGAAUCUGGAUCAAGGAUCUUGCAUUUCUGUUGCAACAACAGAUUUGGAGACAAUCUAUGAGGCAAUGUUACUAAAAAUGGUCUCAAUUUGUUUCUUCUAUACAAGGUAUAUGUUCUUUACCAGUUACAGCUUCUGUCUCUUGUUUAUUGGAGUAUCUGAUGUAUUUAAAAUCCAAGAGAUUGUCUAAUUUCUCUUUUAAGUGUUCAUUUGGUGGCUCAGCUUACUAUGUUUUAAUCAAGCUUCGAUUGUUAUUUGUACAGGAUGCAAUUAAAAGGUUUAUGAAAGGAUUCUAACUUGUAGUGCCCCUUGAGAGAUCCAGUUCCACCAUGGGAUCUUAAUUUGGUUUUAUCUAUGAUUAUGAAACUGUCUUUUGAAGCCUUGACACAGUAGUCUGUGUUUUACUUACUAUUAAAACUGUUUAUUGUUGCUGUAACAUCAGGCAGAAAGAUCAGAGAAUUGCAUGCUUUUAUGGCAAACCUGCCACUUACUGUUUUUCAUAAAGACAAGGUGAAUCUUAGACCUGAUCCCAGGUUUUUACCAAAAAUAGUUUCCAAGUUUCACAUCAAUCAGACAGUUAAUUUACCAGUGUUUUUUCCAAAGCUGCAUGCUAAUAAAGGGGAAUUUGAUUUGCAUACUUUAGAUGCUAGAAGGGUAUUAACAUAUUAUUUAAAUAGACCUGCAUGUUUUAGGAAGUCUUCUAGGUUAUUCUUGUCCUAUUCUAAGAAUCAUGAGUCAUGAUGUAUCUGCUCAGACCAUUUCUAGAUUGGUUAAACAAUGUGUCAUUUGCUUGUCUUAAACAUGUUCCUAUUGGGGAAAUCUGACAAUUUAUAAUGAAAGCAAAACAAGUUUAUUAACAAAAAAUCAUGGAUAAAAUGAUACCAUGUAAAGGGAAUAAAGGUAGAAAUAAGAAAAUUAAAGUGCAAA